AUGAGUGAGCAGCUACGCGUGAAGUGCAACGAGGCGCUGAAGCAAGAACGCAAGACCGAGCUUCAGCUGGCGGCUGCGAAGACCAAGGUCAAGAAACUGCGACGCCGCUGCAAAAAGCUGCAAGAGACCUCUGAUGACGACAAAACCGAGACGGCCGACGCGUUCCUGGCCUUUGCAAAGAACGACUGCCUAGAGUUCUGCACCCAAGUCCACAAGACAUUCCCUCGCGAAAUUCGAGACACCAUCUACGGCUACAUCACUGGUUUCAAGGAUGUCAGCAUCGAGUGUGACGAACACGGAAACCUUGAGCAUUUCGACUUCUUCUUGGCGUGGGGUCAAGAGCUUUGUCUUGAUCCUGCGUAUGAUGGGGCAGAUCACUGGUGGAAGCCCGAAUACGUCGGCCCAGCGAUGGUCCGCGAACUGGGUGAAAACUUCUAUCGCACCUCUAGCUUUGCGUUCCAGGGAGAUCUCGCAGCCGUCGGCCCAUUUCGAGCGACAGACGUAUGGGACUUUGGCUUUUCGCCAGUCGAGUUUGUCUCCAAGGUGGAUGUCAAUAUCCGCUGCGACGAUUACAAGUUCGAGCUUAUCGAUCGCCCGAACAUCAACGUCCGGGGCAACCACAAUACUCUUCAAGCGUCUUCAAAGGUUCGCAAGAACAAGAACGUAGGCACCAAAAACACUCAGAAACAUCUUCUCGUAAAGCUAGAGUCGCUCUUCGGCUUCAAACAUGGCACAGCGCUUACCAUCAGGCUCUCAUCACGUCAAGGCACAAAACAUACUCCGCUUGAGCAACAAGAGUGGAUGUCGCAUAACGUAGUUCCUGUUAUCCUACCCGUUCUCCAACGGCUGAAAGAUGCGGGUUCCCGGGUCCGUAUAGUGCUCACAGCCAGUCGAGCUAGAUCACACGCCACAUUCACUUCGGAGUGGGGUCAGACUUCCCUCGAGAGUAUCACUAAAGAUUUCUGGGGGUAUGUCGACGUUGAACAGAAGCGCAUCACACAAACUGAGCUUGAUGCUGAACCCUUCGAGGAUUCUGAUGAUGGCGGUGUCUUUGAAAGCAACGCCGCCGACGCCUGGGCAAUGAACGCCCCCGACGCCUGGGGUGGGAUAUCUUGGGCUAAUGCUCCAUCCUGA